AUGGCCGGCAGCUGCAGUCUCGUUGUACCGGACGAUAACGGUGAGGCCGAGUCCUGUAUGGAGGCGAGCAGGAGGUGGCUUGCGGGCUUGCGGACACCCCGCGAGAUGCGGGCGACGCAGGGCGAUGCAGGACCCACGUCUGGUUUAAUCAAGGCGGCGCGCAAACAUGAGCUCGAGGCCAGCAAGAAGCACCUGGACCACGAGUUUACAAAGAACGUCUCAGCGAUCUGCGCAACGGGUGCGAUCACGGACAUGAAGAAGUACCCCCAAUUCCCCUUCAUCGACGUUUAUCUCCUCGUUCGCUCACGACGUCUGUCGGUGCUGAUCCAGCCCAACAUGCAUCUGCUGUACAACCUCCUCUGCUGGGACUUGUGGAACAAGCUCACCCACGUUCAGGAGAACGCCCUCGGCCUCCGAGCAUCCUCUCCCACGUUCUCCACCCUCGACCUGCAGUUCAAGGCGCGGCGGCGGCAGCGCGAGCAGCACGAACGUCUCGACCCACUUGACAAGGUCCUUUAG